AGCGCCAGAUUGACAAAUCAGAUUUGCUGUAACAUUGUUAUCGUCCACAGGCGCGAUUGUGUACGGAUUCUUUGGCAACGAGAAAAAUGGCGAAAAGUGGGUUGCAUCGCGUUUAGAAGACCUUUCCGAUUUAGUCUUUAACGUUACGUCUCGGAAGAGAUUGAUAAAGUGGUAAAGCUAUUUUCAUAUUGAUCGUGAAAAACCGUUCUAUCGACAUCCAUCAGUUUUUGUAUGUGGGAUCAUGUUUUGAUGUUAAAAACAAGCUUGUAAACAUGGUUACUUAAGGGACGGAUUCUCGCACUUGAACUUGAGCAUUGAGCAUUCAUUUGUCUUUUUCUAACGUUACCGUACCUAGGCGCUGUACUAACUCAGCGCAUGUCACUUUGUCAGUGUAGGCCUGCAAUUUUUUUUAUGAACAUCAUGUCCAAACGUCAGAGUGUGAUGCAGUGAUGGUGAUGAUGAAACAGAAGAUCGAUGAUGGCUAAUCCAAAGCGGACAGCAUAUAGUUUGCCACAGCCAAGUAAUGAUUUGAAUGGACCCAUAAAGGGACAUGUUGCUCUUAAAAGUGGUCCCUAUGCGACAACAUGCACCAGACUCAGCAACCAGGGGAUUGUCCAAGACCAGAUGAACACCCAUUACAAGAAAUUGAACAAGGCCAAAUCCUGCAUCGAUGCAUCCCCACCUAAAUCCAUGACUCUGAGCGUUAAAAAGCGUGACCAGAUGCGUCGAGAUGCAAUGAUCAAGUCCCAUAAGGCUGCCUCGUCCCCUGACUCCUCAAGGCCAAACUCAAGCGCAACUCCAAGACCAGACUCGGCUAGACCAGGCUCAGCUAGACCAGGUUCGGCCAGACAGGGCUCCCCUAGUAGACGAGCUCUGGAUCAGAGUUUCACAUCAGCAGAGCUGAAUCAGUUAGCCACCGAUGGCAACUUAUCUCCAAGCCCUUACGGCCAGUACGCCAACACAGCCUCGUUAUACCGGUCUCAACCAGAUGGCCAACGCGCCCAAUCCCGUCUCAGCGAGACCGCAGGCAGCAAGUCGCUGCGAUUCAAGGAAACGACAAACGGCCCAAGAAUGACGGAGAGCGCAAGGCUCCGCCCUGACAGACUCAAACAGACCCAGCCGGCAUCCGGCGACGUACUGGACAAAAUGGCCGACAGGUUCUCGCAAGCCGACAAGCCGCACACCCCGAGGACUCUCAAAACCAACGCCCAGUCCCGAUUGGCGCAGUCAAAUAUCUACAACAAGCCCAAGCGUCCGACGAAAAAGACGAACAGGCAAAAUGGAAUUGACCAUGAACAUGAUGACAUCGAGUAUGAGCAGAAUAUUCAAGACUAUGAAGACAGACUUCUUGAAGAGGGUGAUGAUUUUGAAGACUCGCCCAGACGCAAUCCUGACCACGUCAGAUGGGUAGAAGAUCAAGCCAAGAGGGUAGAAUCCCUACGAUUAGACGGUCUGACAAGGGAGGGGGCGGGGUUUGAGACAGAGGAGGGGGAGGAUCUUCACCUAUCACAGUCGUACCAGAGACCAUUUUACAGUACUGGCAAUCUGUCCAAUCGACCUCCAUCAAGAAUAUCGAAAAGGAUGAAGGACGAGGAAGAGGAACUCCGCUACCUUGAGUUUGUGACAGACGUAACCAAUGAUGUCCUGAAUCGUGGCAUCUUCACCAACAGUGUCUUGAAGCAGGUCUUUGACUCGCACAUCAAUCGCAAUAAGGACAGACUGGAUGAGGGUCGAAUGCGGCAUCUCAUGGCACAACUCCAAGAAGACCUCUUCAUCCCUAAUAGUGAUGAUGAGGAUAAGGAACCAGAAGAAACAAGAGGACACGCUACCAGUUGACAAAAGCAUCUGCAUCUGGACACGAGGAUAGUGGUGUCGUCAUGGCAACACAUCUGUAGCUCUCUACAAUUUUCAUACUAAUUUUGAUUGUUUCGGUUGAGGCUUUAAGAUUUUUGAAUGGAAAAUCAGUCCUCCACUGCUGUAAAUGUCAUCUGCAUGCAUUUAGGCACUUUCUUUGAAUGAGUAUUGUUGGUGGUGUGUCAAGGAUGCCUCAGGUCAAAUGCCAUAGGUCAAAUACCAUAGGUCAAAUGUCACAGAUCAAGUUCAAUUUAAAAAAAUAUUAAGUGCCUUACGGUAUAAAUCAGGAAUCAUGAGUGAAAGUCAGUAUUUAAUGUGGAUUUGAGACUGGCCUUUGACUCAAAAUUAAAACUGCUUGAGUACUGCUUUGACAAAAAAUUAAAGUUUCAUUGUCCUCAGAAUUAGUAAAAAUUAAUCGCACUUGUUUAAAGUUUAGGUUGUAUUUGCAUUUACUUUUAAAGUCACAAGAGCACUGUUUCCAUAUAUAUAUCAGCACAUUUCCUUGUUUGCAUCAAAGUUAGAAAGAUUUCAU